UGAUUCUGUUUAUAACGAUAGUUGCGAAUUCUUUUCUAUUGUAUUCAGCUGAAUUUAGGCUUCAGUUAUUUCUAGGGUUUAGAAUUGUUAUUUUUUUGGCUUUCUGGUCGGUUAAUUCUGUGAAACAAUGCCUCCAAGAGCGGUCAAGAAGACACCGCCUGGGCCGGGGACGAAGCGAACAGCAAGGGCUACCCGAGGGACACCCAAGACGAAGAAACAGCCCGAAAUCGCUGAAGAAGCAGUGAAAAUUGACGAGGUUUCGGUGGAAGUUAAAGACGAGAUGAAAGUUGAAGUUGUUGUUGAGGAGAAGCCACAGGCUGUGGAGGAAAAAGCCGUGGCGGUGCCCGUUCUGGCGCCAGAGGUGGAGAAGAAAACAGAGGCGACAUUAGAGAACGGAACUGGAAAGAAGGAAGAUGAGGUCAAAGAGUCUGUUGAGGAAUAUGAAAGAAGUGAACGAUUGGAUUUGGAGGAUAAUGAGCCUGAAUAUGAACCUGAAGAAUAUGGUGGCCUGGAUUAUGAUGAGAAGGGAAUUGAACAGGAGGAUGUUCAUGAGGAGGGAGAUGAAGUGGAGGAAGAACUUGAGCAUGGGGAUGUAGUUGGAGAGGAAAAGGGUGAUAUGGUUGAGGAAGAAAUGGAAGAGAUACAGGAGGAGGUUGAGGAUGAGGAGUUUGAUGAGCAUGCUGGAGAGAAGCAUACUGAGAUGGUUGAUGCAGAUGAAGAAGAACACCAUAGAGUGUUUAAAGAGAGGCGCAAGCGGAAGGAGUUUGAAGUUUUUGUCGGGGGCUUGGACAAGGAGGCGACUGAGGAAGAUCUUAGGAAAGUUUUCAGUCAAGUUGGCGAGGUUACUGAAGUCAGGCUUAUGAUGAACCCUCAGACUAAGAAGAACAAGGGGUUUGCAUUCCUGCGUUUUGCAACCGUGGAACAGGCAAAACGAGCUUGUAAUGAGCUGAAAAAUCCAGUGGUUAAUGGAAAACAAUGUGGUGUUACUCCAAGUCAAGACAGUGACACACUGUUUUUGGGUAACAUAUGCAGGACAUGGACAAAGGAAGCUUUGAAAGAGAAGUUAAAGCAUUAUGGAGUUGAGAAUAUUGAGGAUGUGACCUUGUUUGAAGACAGUAAUAAUGAAGGAAUGAAUCGGGGUUUUGCUUUCUUGGAAUUCUCGUCUCGUUCAGAUGCCAUGGACACUUUUAAACUUCUGCAGAAGAGAGAUGUCAUUUUUGGAGUUGAUAGGCCUGCUAAGGUUUCUUUUGCAGAUUCCUUCAUUGACCCAGGUGAUGAAAUCAUGGCUCAGGUUAAAACUGUUUUUGUGGAUGGUCUGCCUGCUUCAUGGGAUGAGGAUCGUGUCCGGGAUCUUCUCAAGAAGUAUGGUCAGGUUGAAAAGAUUGAGCUUGCUCGUAACAUGCCAUCUGCCAAGAGAAAGGAUUUUGGAUUUGUCACAUUUGAUACCCAUGAUGCUGCAGUGACAUGUGCUAAGAGCAUUAAUAAUGAAGAGUUGGGAGAAGGGGGUAAUAAGGCUAAAGUCAGGGCUCGCUUAUCAAGACCACUUCAAAGAGGCAAAGGGAAACAUGUUGUUCAUGGAGAUUUCCGACCUGGUAGUGGGGCUGUACGAGUUGCUAGGGGUCCAUGGAGUCGUCCGGUUCCACGUGCUUUUCCUCAUAGGGCUAGAGGAUUUGGAGGACACAUGCCUCCUGCUGUUGAUCGUGAUCUGAAGAGGCCUGUUGGAUUUAGGGAUCGACGACCAGUUAUGGGUAUGCCAUCAAGGGGCAGGCCGCUGGCUCCUCCAUCAAGAUCCUAUGACAGGAGACCACCUGUCCCUUCAUACCCCCGGAGUAGCUUGAAGAGGGAUUAUGUCCGGCAUGAGGAGUUGCUUCCAAGAAGCAGAGCUGCUGUUGAGUAUGGUUACAGAGGUGCAUCUGAGAAACAUGCAUCAUACAGGGAUGACUUCUCCCGUGGAUCCGGAUAUACUGAUUUGCCCAGAGGUACAUCUCGCCCUGUGGCUAGGAGAGCUUAUGUUGAUGAUGGCUAUGGGCAAAGGUUUGAAAGGCCUCCUCCAAGUUACCGGGAGGGACACAGUCGCGAGUAUGACUCAAUAUCUGGUUCAAAACGUCCAUACACAGCAAUGGACGAUGUUCCUGCACGAUAUGCUGAGGCAGGAGUACGCCAGUCGCGUGCCCGCUCGGAUUAUGAACUUGGUGGUAGUGCUUCUCAUUAUGGUGAUACCUACAGUGAUAGGCUUGGGAGGUCUAAUCUAGGAUAUGGUGGCAGCAGAAGCUCCAUUUCCAGUCAAGAUUCACGUGGGCUUUAUAGCAGCAGUCGUCAGGGUACGGGUUAUGGUGGAGGCUCUUAUGGUGGCAAUGAUGUUGGUGAGAUGUACUCAUCAAGCUUUGGUGAUGAUUAUGUGUCUCGUGGGAGUGAUGUUGGUGGUAGUUCUUACUCAUCACUAUAUUCGGGCCGUGGCUUGGGUGGUAGUAGUUACAUGGGAAGUGGUGGUUCUGGAUCAUACUAUUGA